CCCUGCCCUGGCACCAGUGGAAGAUUAACCCUGGGGAGCUGAGGGGCAAAGUGAAGAACCCCAGUCUCUGUGGCCAGGACAUGGGGUCCUCGAACUAGUGGCUACCCUUAUUUAGCCUCAGUUUCCUUCUCCUAACCUUCCCAAGCCUGCGUGAUUAAGAGGCUGUGUGGGGUGAGCAUCUGGGAGGGUAGCACAAAUGAUGAAGUGCAGAGUGGAAGAGGGAAGGAAGGGUCCCUGAGGGCCAGACCAGUGUGGACAGGAUGGGGAAAAGAUGAGGAUAGGGAGAUUAGAGAUGGUGACUCUGCUUGGUUCUGAGCUGAAGAAAACAUAGGGGCAUAAAGUCUCAAACGGCAUUCUAUGCAGGGCUGAGAUGUCCAAAAGUCUCACCUUGAGCACAGUUUUGAGAUUUUGACCAGAGGAACUGGCGCUGAUCCUGGACGCACAGAUGCUUACACUGACUUUUCCUGUUGACUAAAGACCUGUGGCCACAUCAGUGUCCCUCUCUGGAGCCAAUCUCUCCACCUUGCUGUCAAACUUCCAGGGCCUAGAGUCUAGUAUUUCCUCAGUCAGGGCUCUGGGGAUGGCUUUUUAAGAACUAGAGGCUAGGACUCUCGGGUGCUCACCCUGGGUUCCAGGCUCUCUAGAAGUUGGAGACUACUCUUUGAAGAUUUUUCCUUUCCUCUUCCAUGGUGCUUUCUGAGGCAUAAUGGCUCAUCUCUAGAAAUGCAAGGUUCAAGAUAGGGAUUAGACCCCUAAGUUUAUACUCUAACCUGGCUCUUGCUGCAAAGGGGUCUUGGGAGGUUUGUGCAAGUCUUGGACACUCUGAUUCACAGCGGGAUUGGUGUUAGCUGGGUUCUCCUGACUUAUGUCCGGGCCUCUACGCUCAGCCUCCCUCCCUCUCUGCUGAGUAUGGAAUGGGCACAGAGGCCAUCUACAGACCCAGAUGAGGGUGAGGCUGAAAAACAGGCCAACGGGUGUCUCGGGAGCUUCACAGCUUAGUCAGUGAUACCACCUCUCUCCCUGGCUCCCUGAGAAUGUCCCUAGGUGAGGGAACUGGGGACGGCAGAGUCAGAAGGGGUAGCCACUCUCAGGUUCCACUUCUCCCUGUUUGUCUGUCUGUCUCUUUCUCUGCAGGAGCUGGGUCCCUUCUUAUCUCUCUUCCUGCCUGUCCUUUCCUGGCCCCCGUUUUCUCCUUUCUUUGACUUUACUGCUUCUACCCUCAUCCCCUGGAGGCCCAGGUCUGCUGGACCCAUCCAUCCCCUUUGGGACAAUGGGAUCACUGCUUGGGCUCCUGGCAUUGCUUCUGCUAUGGGGCGCUGUGGCUGAGGGCCCUGCCAAGAAGGUGCUGACCCUGGAGGGGGACCUGGUCCUGGGUGGGCUGUUCCCGGUACACCAGAAGGGCGGCCCAGCAGAGGAGUGCGGGCCUGUCAAUGAGCAUCGUGGCAUCCAGCGCCUGGAGGCCAUGCUUUUUGCACUGGACCGCAUCAACCGUGACCCACGCCUGCUGCCGGGUGUGCGCCUGGGCGCGCACAUACUCGACAGCUGCUCCAAGGACACACAUGCCCUGGAGCAGGCACUCGACUUCGUGCGUGCCUCACUUAGCCGUGGCGCUGAUGGCUCGCGCCACAUCUGCCCCGAUGGCUCUUAUGCCACCCACGGUGAUGCUCCCACUGCCAUCACUGGUGUCAUUGGCGGCUCCUACAGCGAUGUCUCCAUCCAGGUGGCCAACCUCCUGCGGCUAUUUCAGAUCCCACAGAUCAGCUAUGCCUCCACCAGUGCAAAGCUGAGUGACAAGUCCCGCUAUGACUACUUUGCCCGCACCGUGCCCCCUGACUUCUUCCAAGCCAAGGCCAUGGCUGAGAUUCUCCGCUUCUUCAACUGGACCUAUGUGUCCACUGUGGCAUCUGAGGGUGACUAUGGUGAGACAGGCAUCGAAGCCUUUGAGCUGGAGGCCCGUGCCCGAAACAUCUGUGUGGCCACCUCAGAGAAGGUGGGCCGUGCCAUGAGCCGUGCAGCUUUCGAGGGCGUGGUGCGAGCCUUGCUGCAGAAGCCCAGUGCUCGUGUGGCUGUCCUGUUCACUCGCUCCGAGGAUGCACGUGAGCUCCUCGCGGCCACCCGGCGCCUCAAUGCCAGCUUCACCUGGGUGGCCAGUGAUGGCUGGGGGGCCCUAGAGAGCGUGGUGGCAGGCAGCGAGGGGGCCGCCGAGGGUGCUAUCACUAUUGAGCUGGCCUCCUAUCCCAUCAGCGACUUUGCCUCCUACUUCCAGAGCCUGGACCCUUGGAACAACAGCCGGAACCCCUGGUUCCGUGAGUUCUGGGAGCAGAGGUUCAGUUGUAGCUUCCGGCGACGAGAUUGCGCAGCCCACUCGCUGCGGGCCGUGCCUUUUGAGCAAGAGUCCAAGAUCAUGUUUGUGGUCAAUGCAGUGUAUGCCAUGGCCCAUGCACUGCACAACAUGCACCGAGCCCUCUGCCCCAACACCACGCACCUCUGUGAUGCAAUGCGGCCUGUCAACGGGCGCCGCCUCUACAAGGACUACGUGCUCAAUGUCAAGUUUGAUGCCCCCUUCCGCCCAGCUGACACACACAAUGAGGUCCGCUUUGACCGCUUUGGUGAUGGUAUCGGUCGCUACAACAUCUUCACCUACCUGCGGGCAGGCAGUGGGCGCUAUCGCUACCAGAAGGUGGGCUACUGGGCAGAAGGCCUGACGCUGGAUACCAGCCUCAUCCCAUGGGCCUCACCCUCGGCCGGCCCCCUGCCCACAUCUCGCUGCAGUGAGCCCUGUCUCCAGAACGAGGUGAAGAGCGUGCAGCCAGGGGAGGUCUGCUGCUGGCUCUGCAUCCCCUGCCAGCCUUAUGAGUACCGGCUGGACGAGUUCACUUGUGCUGACUGUGGCCUGGGCUACUGGCCCAAUGCCAGCCUGACCGGCUGCUUCGAACUGCCCCAGGAGUACAUCCGCUGGGGUGAUGCUUGGGCCGUGGGGCCGGUCACCAUCGCCUGCCUAGGCGCCCUGGCCACCCUCUUCGUGCUGGGUGUUUUUGUGAGGCACAAUGCCACCCCAGUGGUUAAGGCCUCCGGCCGAGAGCUCUGCUACAUCCUGCUGGGUGGCGUCUUCCUCUGCUACUGCAUGACCUUCAUCUUCAUUGCCAAGCCAUCCACUGUGGUGUGUACCCUACGGCGCCUCGGUUUGGGCACCGCCUUCUCUGUCUGCUACUCCGCUCUGCUCACCAAGACCAACCGCAUUGCGCGCAUCUUCGGCGGAGCCCGGGAGGGAGCCCAGCGGCCACGCUUCAUCAGUCCGGCCUCACAGGUGGCCAUCUGCCUGGCACUUAUCUCGGGCCAGCUGCUCAUUGUGACUGCCUGGCUGGUGGUGGAGGCACCAGGCACUGGCAAGGAGACAGCCCCGGAGCGACGGGAGGUGGUGACAUUGCGCUGCAACCAUCGAGAUGCAAGUAUGCUCGGCUCACUGGCCUACAAUGUGCUCCUCAUCGCCCUAUGCACACUGUAUGCCUUCAAGACCCGCAAGUGCCCCGAGAACUUCAAUGAGGCCAAAUUCAUAGGCUUCACCAUGUACACCACCUGCAUCAUCUGGCUGGCCUUCCUGCCCAUCUUCUAUGUCACCUCCAGUGACUACCGGCCUGGCAGGGGUCCUGGGACCAGACUCAUCCUUGACUUCACCCAUCCCAGGUGCAGACCACCACCAUGUGCGUGUCGGUCAGCCUCAGCGGCUCUGUGGUGCUCGGCUGUCUCUUUGCGCCCAAGCUGCACAUCAUCCUUUUCCAGCCACAGAAGAACGUGGUUAGCCACCGUGCACCCACCAGCCGCUUCAGCAGCGCCGCCACCAGGGCCAGCUCCAGCCUUGGCCAAGGGUCUGGCUCCCAGUUUGUCCCCACCGUUUGCAACGGCCGUGAGGUGGUAGAUUCAACAACAUCGUCGCUUUGAGGACCCCACAUUCCUGCCCCCACACAGCUGCUCCCUGGAAUCCGGUGCACCCCUGCAUCCAGGACCAGGAGGAAGUCAGCUGGAGCACUGCAAUAACGGCCAGCCCCAUGCCAGCCCCCACAGCCACUCACCUACCCAUUUACUCCAACCCGUCCGAGUCAGAAGUCAGGAUCCUUGGCCUGGGAGCCUCUUAAGCAGCCACCAACUGUCCUUGCAGCGGGUCCCCUCUUUGCUAGGCCCAGGACUCAGAAGGGAGCAAGCCAGGGUCUACUCUGCCCUGCAACAGGAUGGCUGAGGACCACUGCCCCAAUCAGCAAAGGUGCUUCCAGCCCCACCCCUCCCUCCUUCUAGGGCCUUUUUAAUUUUUUAUAUAUGUUAUUCUGGGAUGGGGAGGGGGGUUACUGUGGGGGCCAUCCCUCCCCCUGCAUAGUAGUUUGUCCUGUGGUUUAUUUUGUAUUACCUGUAAAUAAAGUGUCUUUAUUUAAAAAAAAACA